AUGCCAAAUGAUGGGGUGUCAUUUGACCAAAUGACUCCUAAUCCGAAAAAUGGUCAAAUGACCAGUUCAUCAUCACAAAAUUUAAGCAUAAAAACUCAAAAUUCAUCAAAGCGAAACAUUGAAGAAUUAAAUCUUGAAACCAAUGACGAUAAUGUAGGAAAACGUAAUAAAACUAGAUAA